AUGUCUGUGGAUGAUUUUAAGAACCAUCAGAUUUCUGCUGGAUAUAAUGGUUAUUCUCUUUUUGGAAUUGUCUCAAUUAUGACUCUCACUGUUCUUGCCUAUGAACGCUACAUUCGAGUAGUCCAUGCAAAAGUGAUUGACUUCUCUUGGUCUUGGCGGGCUAUCACAUACAUCUGGCUCUAUUCAUUAGCCUGGACUGGAGCACCUCUUUUGGGCUGGAACAGAUACACACUGGAAAUUCAUGGAUUAGGUUGCUCAGUGGACUGGAAGUCGAAAGACCCCAAUGAUACCUCCUUUGUGCUCCUUUUUUUUCUUAGCUGUCUGGUAGCACCUGUUGGGAUCAUGGCCUAUUGCUAUGGCCAUAUUCUAUAUGCAGUAAGAAUGCUUCGCUGUGUGGAAGAUUUCCAGACUGUUCAAGUGAUCAAACUUCUGAAAUAUGAAAAGAAGGUGGCUAAAAUGUGUUUCUUAAUGAUCUCCACAUUCCUUAUUUGUUGGAUGCCCUAUGCAGUGGUCUCCCUCCUGGUAACAUAUGGCUAUAGCAACCUUGUAACUCCAACAGUAGCUAUCAUCCCAUCUUUCUUUGCCAAAUCAAGCACUGCUUAUAAUCCAGUCAUCUAUAUCUUCAUGAGUAGGAAG